AUGAAUUUAGGUCAUCCAAUUCUUCAGGAGAUGAUAAAGCUGGGUUGCAAAAAACAGAAUAAAAUUUUUUUAGCUUUUCAAAGUUAUAUCGAGCUGUGUGAAGUUCACAAAGCACAGGCUGUCAACUAUCACUUAUGUUCAGAAUUUGAUUUAAUAUAUUUAUCAGCUUCUCUUUAUGGAGAUAAUGAAGUUUAUGUGCCUCUCUCGGUUAGUAGUUCUAUCACACCUAGUUGGAUAAGAAAAUUCCGAAGAAGUCUUCCCGAAGAAUUUCAAGAUAAAGGCAUUUAUAUAAUACUGUGCGACACUGACACAACUAAUGUAAUAUACAAAAUAAGUGAUGGAUUAGAAAGGCCUCUCUCCCCAGAAAGCACAAAACACAAGAAGGAUCACAAAGAAAGAAAAAAUUUUAUCGAAGUUGAAAUUUCUAAUUUAUUACCAACCUUGAUAAAAGAAGCAAAAAAGCGGAAACUGUCUAGUGAAGAAACUGAGAUAAAAUAG